AUGACGGACUUGGCUAGUAUUCGCUGGGGUAUCAUCACCACUGGCCUAAUAUCUUCCUGGUUUGUCGAGGAUCUACUUCUUACUCAAACUGAUGCAAAAGUCAACCAUAUUGUUCAUGCCAUUGGUGCAUCUACCCUCGAAAAAGGACAAAAGUUUGCAGCGCAAUACUGUCCGAUUCAGAACCCAACAAUCUACGACUCCUACGAAAAAGUCUACAGCGACCCAGAAGUAGAUGUCGUUUAUAUUGGCACACCUCACGGUCUGCACUAUGAAGAAUGUAUGAAAGCGAUCGCUGCGGGUAAAAACAUAUUGUGUGAGAAAGCCUUCACAAUGAACGCGAAGCAAGCGAGGGAGAUCUUCGAAGCCGCCGAGAAAAAGAACGUUUACAUCGCAGAAGCAAUGUGGCUUCGUCAUCGGCCAAUUUAUCUCAAGCUACGAGAGCUCAUACAUGAGAAUAAGAUCAUCGGGGACGUAACGCGAGUGUUCUCGGAUUUUGCCUCCGAAAUCGAUAUACCAUCUCUUCCACCGACAUCUCGAUAUCGAGACCUGGCACUCGGAGCCGGGUCGUUGUUAGACAUUGGAGUCUAUUCUUUGACCUGGUUAGCUAUGGCACUUGAAAAGAAUGGGAACAAUGUGGAAAUGCCCAAGAUCUUGGCUUCGCAAACCCAUGAAGAAGGCAUUGAAGUUGCCACGAGUGCGAUUCUUCAGUACCCCCGAGGAGCGCUGGGUAUCGCAAGCUGCACUACCAAGACCAAGGGGUCCCCUGGAAAGAUAUUUGCUGUGAUUCAUGGAACAAAGGGCCAUAUUGAGGUUUCGGGCAACGCACCAUCUUUCCCAGAAUCGUUUACUGUGUGGGAAAGGCAGGCCGAUCCCGGGACUGCGGAAAAGGUCUUGUUCGAUAAGGAGCAGUACAAGAACAAGACAUAUACGUUUCCAAAAGUGGGACGGGGCUUUAUCUGGGAGGCAGAUAACACUGCAUUGGAUGUUUUGGAGGGACGAAAGCAAAGUCAUUUUGUGCCCUGGGCGACCACUAUUCGGCUGCUUGAUAUUAUGGAUGAGAUUAGACGCCAGGGAGGAACUGUUUAUCCAGGGGAGUGA